GCCCGCUGCCCAAAGAUUCGACGGCCAAGAUAGACACUGCUGAGCGGUUCACACCAAGAUUCCGGACGGCGAGCGCGUCGCGCAACCGUCCUUUUUUUUUCUUUCUCCGCUCCACACGCUCCCCCCCCCCCCCCCCCCCCCCCCCCCCGGCCUCUCUUCCGUGGCGGCGAGGACAGGGCGAGCGACGCCGCCCUCGUCCAGGUUCUCUCCGGGCCCCGGGGACGAGCAUCCGACAGGGAUGGCCGGAAAAGGAAGCUAUGUUCCUCCGCAGUAUAUUCCUUUAUAUGGCCUAGAUACUGAAGAGGAUCGUGUUCCUGCUGUGGAAGAGAACCAAGCUUCACGCCAUAAUAAGCUAAACCGGGAUCUAACGCAGUGGUCUUCUGGCAUUUGUGCUUGUUUUGAUGAUCCACAGAGCUGUUGUAUUGGUGCAACUUGCCCCUGUUUCCUUUUUGGAAAGAACGCACAAUUCUUGGGAUCUGGAACUCUUGCUGGAUCAUGCACUACGCAUUGCAUGCUUUGGGGCCUUCUUACAAGUCUCUGCUGUGUAUUUACUGGAGGCCUUGUAUUAGCAGUUCCCGGGUCUGCUGUUGCUUGCUAUGCUUGUGGAUACCGCAGUGCACUAAGAACAAAGUACAAUCUUCCGGAAGCACCCUGUGGUGAUUUGACGACACAUUUGUUCUGCCACUUGUGCGCCAUAUGCCAGGAGUACAGGGAGAUCCGGGAGAGAACAGCCAGUAGCUCCUCUUCAGCUCCUAACGUAACUCCACCUCCAGUUCAGACAAUGGAGGACGAAUUUUGAUACCAAUUGAUUGUAUGAAUGUGUCCUCUCAAUCUGACAAAUCAUUGGUGGUUGGAUGUAACCUGGUGCUGACUUCGCCUGCCAGCGUGACAUUUUUGUUCUUGUGCUCCCGAAGGGUUUCCAUGAGGUUUGGUUUCAAAGUUGUUGUAAAGGUAACUGUUUAAGUUAGUGAACCGCUGACAGUUCACAAAAGUUGUAAACGAAGCUGUAUGUCACGGGACUGUAGCAGAAGAGUUGCAUGUAACAUUUUUCCAUAUGUAUUGGCGGGAGGUUGAGAAAGGAAUGUAUGGUUGUCUUGUAGAAUAUUCUUUUGCAUUUGCUGCUUGCAAGUGUAUUAUUGUUGUCAAACAGUCAAAGUGCUAACUGCCCGCAGAUGAAUUUUUUUUGGGGGGAGAGAUUGGUCAUAUAA